AUGUUGACUGAGAGUAAUUAUCAUCAUCAUUCUCAUCAUCAUAACGGUGGUCCUGUAAUUCCUCAACAUCGUACCCAUUAUGCUCCAUAUCAAUAUCCAUCUCAUACAACAAAAUCAAUCCAACAUCCUCAACACCAACAAGUUCAACAGCAACAACAGCAACAACAACAGCAGCAACAACAACAACCGCAACAACAAAGUGAAUUACAAAUACCUAAAUUUGAUUUACAUCAUGCUGUUCGAACAAACGAUGUUCAAGGAAUAGUUCUUUUACAUAGUCGACUUCGACAACAACCAACAGUAGCUGAUACAUGUUUACUCGAUUCAAAUGGUCAUACACCACUUUAUACAGCUAUUGCAAAUGGCAGGCUUGCGAUGGUUGAUCUUCUUCUUCAUCUCGGUCAUAAUCCUUACUGCAUCUCGGUGGCUCGUGAAUCAGCAUUAAAUGUUGCCAUAGGUUAUGGUCGCCUCGAUAUCAUAGAUUAUUUAUUAACACGUGGUUUUCCCGUUGAUUAUCCUGGAUUUGAAAAUAAAACACCAUUGGAACGAGCUAUUGAAUGUAAUCAAGGUUCUGUUGUAGUUAGUUUACUUAAACAUGGUACCGAUUGGCGUCGUUAUGAAGAACGACGUAAAACAGGUGACAAAUCACUUGUUGAAUGGGCACUUGCACAUGAACAUCCUCAAGUAUUAGGAGUACUUAUCGAUUUAUAUGGCGAUGAUGAAUCUGUAUUUAAUCAGAUUGGUAUGAUGUAA